AUGAGAGUAAGAAAGAAGCAAUCAAAAAGAACUAGUACUCGUAUGAGAGAAGGUAUUAAAAAAAAAGCAGCUGCACAACAUAGAAAAGAAAAAAAAUUGGCCAAAAAAGAUGUAACAUGGAAAUCCAGACACAAGAAGGAUCCAGGUAUUCCAGCUAGUUUCCCAUAUAAAAACAAAAUUUUGGAAGCUAUUGAAUUGAAAAGACAACAAGAUUUGGAAACUAAGAAGAGAGAAAGACAAGAAAGAAUUGAAUUAAAAAAAAGACAGGCAUUAGAACAAGGCUUGGAAUAUGAAGAAAACAUGGAUCUGGAUGAUGAAGCCGAUGAUGAUGAUGAUGGAAGCAACGGUUUAGCUGCCUUGAUGGAAUCUGCCCAACAGUCAGCAGCCGAAUACGAAAAAAACGGCAAUGAUAGCACAAAUAAAAAGGCAUUUCCUGAAAAUGGAGAUUUGGAGGUUGUUGAUUAUGAACUUGAUUAUGAGCAAAACGAUGAUACUAGCUCUACCAGCGAAUUAGAAAAGUCUAGAAAAGCCUACGAUAAAAUUUUUAAAACGGUUGUUGACAAUUCUGACGUUGUUUUGUACGUGCUAGAUGCCAGAGACCCAGAAGGUACCAGAUCAAGAAAAGUUGAACAGGCUGUGUUGGAGACUCAUGGAAGUAAAAAAUUAAUUUUAAUUUUAAAUAAGGUUGAUUUGGUUCCGCCAUAUGUUUUAGAUCAAUGGUUGAAUUUUUUGAAGUCUAGUUUCCCUACUAUUCCAUUUAGAGCAGCAACUGGGGCUGUAAAUUCUUCUUCUUUUAAUAAGAAAUUAUCGCAGCAGGCUACCUCUAACGCCUUGUUAGAAUUUUUGAAAAAAUAUGCCAACAAUUCCAACUUGAAAAGGUCUAUUGUAGUAGGUGUUAUAGGGUAUCCCAAUGUUGGUAAAUCUAGUAUAAUAAAUGCGCUAACUUCUCAACGUGGUGGUGGUAAUUAUAAUGUUUGUCCAGUGGGGAAUCAAGCAGGUAUAACCACUAGUUUAAGAGAGGUUAAAAUCGACAAUAAAUUAAAGAUUUUGGAUUCUCCAGGUAUUGUUUUCCCAAGUGAAAUAAAUGCUAAAAGCAAGAGUGAGCACGAGGCUGAAUUGGCCCUAUUGAAUGCUAUACAACCAAAGUACAUAAUAGAUCCAUAUCCAGCGGUAUUAAAAUUGGUUAAAAGAGUGUCCAAAUCUGAUAUUAUGACGGAAUCAUUCAAAAAAAUAUAUGAUUUACCACCUAUUCCAGCCAAUGACCCUGAAACAUUUACGAAACAUUUUUUGAUUCAUGUGGCUCGUAGGAGAGGUAGAUUAGGUAAAGGCGGUAUUCCAGACUUAGCAAGUGCUGGUAUCAGUGUGCUAAAUGAUUGGAGAGAUGGUAAAAUAUUGGGUUGGGUUUUACCAAAUACUUCAAAGAGUUCGAGUUUGAAGGCUAUUGAGGAAUCUGCUAAGAAUAACAUUGCUGCCUCAAAGAAGGAAGAAAAUACGACUAUUGUUUCUGAAUUUUCUAAAGAAUUUGAUUUAGAUAGUUUAUUUAAUUCUUUGGAUGAUGCUAUCAGCAAGCAAUGA